GCCACGAAGGAGGAGGUGGGUGCCAGCACCCUCUACAAGUGGGUUCUCCUGGCGAAGCCAAAGCUGGUCGGUGUAAAUCCUGCCUGCUCGGCCGCUUGCGGGACGCUGUGUGAACUGGAAAAGGUGGUGAUUGGUUGGCACAACUCUCCAUCUCCGGGAGCCGCUGCUGCAAAAAAUGACACCUUAGAGGAUGGAUCUGCUAUGCUCAUGUGA